AUGCUUAUUCCAAGAGAAGAAAGAAAGAAGAUCCACCAAUACCUCUUCCAAGAAGGUGUUGUCGUUGCUAAGAAGGAUUUCAACCAACCAAAGCACGAUGAAAUUGACACCAGAAACUUAUACGUCAUCAAGGCUUUACAAUCCUUAACUUCCAAGGGUUUCGUCAAGACUCAAUUCUCAUGGCAAUAUUACUACUACACCUUGACUGACGAAGGUGUUGACUUCUUAAGAACCGAAUUAAACAUUCCAGAAGGUAUCUUACCAUUAACCAGAUUGAAGGGUGCUCCAGCUGAAAGACCACAAUUUGGUAGAGGUCCAAGAAGAGCCCCAAGAAGAGCUCCUCGUGAUUAA